GCGUGCGCAUGCAACAUCAUGCGCUUUUGUUGUCGUACAGUAGCCGACAGAAAGCAAAUAUGAAUGCAAACAGCUUUUACUUGAUCUAAACCCACUGGAUAUUUUGCGUUUUGAUUUCUCCUUUUUUUAAGUAUCAAAAUCGCCGAGAGUUGAGGAGAACUGCAUAACUGCUUCUGUAUUCAUUUAGCCUGAAUGCAUGUGCAUCCUCUGUUCAUCGAAGGAGUUUCGUUUCUUAUAAACAAACAUGAAUCAGUAUCUCGUUGUUCUUCUUUCUUUUGUGCAUGUAUUGGCGGAUCCGGAUUUUGCCAAACUUGAUGGUGCCCCGCCUUCUAAAAUAGCUGUUGUUGGAGCUGGAAUCGGAGGAACCGCCACGGCUCAUUUCCUUAGGCAACAUUUUGGACCGGAAGUGAGAAUUGAUGUGUUUGAGAAAGGGUCAGUCGGUGGUCGUUUGGCUACUGUCACUGUGAACCACCAGGACUACGAGUCCGGUGGAUCCAUCAUUCAUUCCCUCAACCUGCAUAUGCAAGACUUUGUCCAGCAACUGGGGCUGAAGUACCGCAAGAGUGUGGCUGGGAAGACGGCAGUGUUUAAUGGAGAGGAGUUUAUUUUGGAGGAGACUGAUUGGUACCUACUGGAUUUGUUUCGCUUGUGGUGGCGCUAUGGGAUCAGCUUCAUCCGCCUGCAGAUGUGGGUGGAGGAGAUCAUGGAGAAGUUUAUGAGAAUCUAUAAAUACCAGGCCCAUGGCUAUGCCUUCAGUUCAGUAGAAGAGCUGCUGCACUCUCUUGGGGGUUCAGGAUUUAUCAACAUGACCCGCCGCUCCCUUUCCGAGUCUCUGUUAGAACUGGGCGUCUCCCAGCGCUUCAUCGAUGAAGUCAUAGCUCCGAUCAUGAGGGUCAACUACGGCCAGAACAUCAGCAUCCCUGCAUUUGUUGGUGCUGUGUCUCUAGCUGGUGCACAGGCCAAUCUCUGGGCUGUGGAGGGAGGAAACAAACUGGUUUGCUCCGGACUGCUUAAACUAGCAAAAGCUAAUCUCAUCCAAAGUCCAGUUACGACCAUUACCCUCCGAUCAACAGGAGAUUACCAACAGUAUGAGCUCACCUACGACUCUCAAAAUGAAAAGUCAUCCGAGCUCUAUGACAUUGUAGUAGUAGCGACGCCUCUCCAACAAAACGUCAACUCGGACAUCUCAUUCCAAGGCUUUGAGCCACAACUUCCUGAUAUAUCGGGCUCCUACCACCAAACUGUGGCCUCCAUCAUCCACGGCUACCUGAACUGCACUUACUUUGGCUUUCCCGACCCAAAGCUGUUUCCAUUUUCCAGCAUCCUUACCACAGACACUCCCGGACUUUUCUUCAACAGCGCCGCCAGCGUCUGUCCGGUCAACAUAACCUCCGGCUUCCGCCGAAAGCAGCCUCAAGAGGCUGGAGUCUACAAGGUCUUUUCACCAAAACCCCUGGAGAAGAAUGAACUGAAGACACUUUUUAAGUCCUACUAUUCCGUGCAGGUCACAGAUUGGCUGGCGUACCCUCAUUACGGAAGCACCCAGGGCUUGCCACCGGUGGUGCUGCACGAAAACCUGUACUUCCUGAAUGGAAUCGAGUGGGCUGGGAGUGCGAUGGAGAUGAGCUCGGUGGCAGCUAAGAAUAUAGCACUGUUGGCCUAUCAUCGUUGGAACAGACAAUUGGAAAUGAUUGACCAGAAAGACCUCAUGCACAAAGUGAAGACAGAAUUGUGACACACCCCGUAUGUCAUUAGAAAGACACUGUGAAGUAUGAGAAGACGGAUUAUACUUGUCAGACCUGUUUGAGACAGAAAAGUAAGCAACAGCGUGUUUUCGAUUCCAUGCAACACGGUUUAGGUUUUAGUUUUCCUUUUUUGAUGCAAGAUGCAAAAAUGGUGAAAGCAGUGUGGUCUCAGGCUAAACGCUCGAUCUGUAUCAGACGGGUAAUGCGUGGGAUGAGUUCUCCAUUACUGACCAACCUGAUGCAUCUGUAAGCUUACUUAUUAUGAGCUAAUGUGUUAAAGUGAAAACUUUGCAUGGAAAGAUGUGAAGGUAAUUUUCCAUUUGUUUAGGGUUUUUUUCUUAUGUUUGCUGAAGACAUCUUAUAGUUUUAAAAGUUCAGAUCAAUCUUGUGUUUUACAUGCUACGUAUGUGUAAAUGUCACUGGGCUAGGAAAAGUAUUAGCAGGAUUUAUAAGAUUUAAAAACUAAUUAUUUAUUAUGA